AAGCAAUCGUUUCCUAAGCUCUUUGCCCUCUUAUAACAACAUACCAUGUCAUAUAUUUUGGUUACCGGUGGUGCCGGCUACAUUGGCACUCACACCGUAGUGGAGUUACUCGCUGCAGGGUACAAGGUGGUCGUUGUGGACAACUUGGUAAACGCGUCGUACGAUGCGGUCGCGCGUGUGGAGGCGAUCGCGCGCGCGCCGGUACCGUUUGUGCGCGCGGACAUCCGCGAUCACGCAGCGUUGGACGCGGUGUUCAAACAGUACCCGAUCGCCGCGGUGAUCCACUUCGCAGCGCUCAAAGCUGUCGGGGAGUCGACAAAGACCCCCUUGAAGUACUACUCUAACAACAUUGAUGGUGCCAUCACGCUCAUGACGGUGAUGGAGGAGAACAACGUUAAGAACCUCGUGUUUUCCUCUUCCGCAACGGUUUACGGCGAUGCUACACGCUUCGAGAACAUGAUUCCAAUCCCAGAGCACUGUCCGACGGGCCCAACAUCUCCCUACGGGCAAACCAAGUUGACGGUAGAGAACUUGAUCCGCGAUGUGCACGCGGGCGACCCGGCGUGGAAGGCGGCAAUCUUGCGCUACUUCAACCCCAUCGGUGCGCACCCCUCAGGGUUGAUUGGCGAGGACCCGUUGGGGACCCCGAACAACUUAUUGCCAUACCUCGCGCAGGUUGCGGUAGGGCGCCGCGAGAAGUUGGCUGUGUUUGGGAAUGAUUACGCAUCGCGCGAUGGCACACCGAUCCGCGACUAUAUCCACGUGGUUGACUUGGCGAAAGGCCAUUUGGCCGCGUUGAGGUACUUAGAGGGUCAGACCGGGCUCUGCCGCGAAUGGAACUUGGGCUCAGGCAGGGGCUCGACCGUGUUGGAGGUGUACGCGGCGUUCUGCGAGGUGGUGGGUCGUGCAUUACCGUACGAGAUCGUGUCACGUCGCGACGGCGAUGUACUUGACCUCACCGCACGCCCGUCGCGCGCGAAAGAGGAACUAAAAUGGCAGACGCAGCUUACCGUUGAGGACGCGUGCCGCGACUUGUGGAAGUGGACGCUGGAGAACCCGUUCGGCUAUCAGACUGCAAACUACGUAUGGGACCACUUUGGCGCACGCGACAGCUACGCUGACCGCACGCACACUGUCGCGACCACAGACGGCCGCUUCAAGGUGACAUUCACAAAUUACGGCGCGGCAAUCGUGCGCGCGACGCUUGACGGCGUUUCGCUCCAAACGGGAUUCGACCUGGAAGCGGGCUACAAACUUCCAGCUAAUCCAUUUUUUGGCGCCACUAUCGGACGCGUUGCGAAUAGACUUGCAGAUGGCGCGCUCGUGCUCAAUGGCGCUACCUAUUCUGUGCCAUUGGCCAAGGGACACACCCACGCGCUCCACGGCGGACCAGCGGGCUACGACAAACAGAUGUUUUUGGGGCCAAUCACCACCAAGAACGAGAAAACCGGCGACUUCCGUGUCAAGUUUGUGUACAACGAUCCGCACAUGGCAAACGGGUUUCCUGGCGAUGUUGCGGUGAAUGUGAUUUAUACCGUGCGUGCGACGGCCCGCGGCGGUGCGAUCGAUAUCGAGUACGAGGCGGAGCUCACCGACCAGGCAGAAGAAACUGCAAUCUCUAUGACCAAUCACACGUACUGGAACAUCAGUGGCGGUGAAGAUAUUGCAGGAACUGAGCUUGUGUUGGUAUCUGACCAGCAACAGGAGGUGGACGCGACGUUGAUCCCAACCGGGAAGUUUGUCACCAACAGUGACGUGGUUACGUUCAAGGACGUUGCUGCGGGCAGACGUGCGGUUAUUUUGGGGACUGAAGAACCGAAGUAUGAUUACUGUUUCACGGCAGGGGAUGCGCGUGCAACCACAACCGACACACGUGCGUGUGCGAUGGUGUGCGUCGCGGAGGCAUAUCACCCUGCCACAGGCAUCACAUUUACAACCUCCACAACCGAACCGUCCUUCCAGAUAUAUACUGGGGACGGCGUGAACGUUCCAGCUGGGGAAUUGACGCCGGGGUUCAAGAGCAGGGCUGGUUUCUGCGUGGAGUGCGCACGGUUCAUCAACGCCGCGAAGUUUGAGGAGUUGAAGCCGUCGGUGGUGUUGAAGAAAGGGGCAAAGUACGGGGCGAAGACGGAAUACAGGUUUGAAAAAGCCGAAAAGUACUAGUUCUGCAGCAUGUAUGUCUUGCAAAUAGACUAGAGAUUAAUGGAAAUUAUGCGUAGUUUUGAGGUAUGGAUUGGUAAGAAUAUUGAUCAAACAGCGUAUACCGAGGGAUUCAGACUAUCAGGAGAAAAUACAUGGGAUUAGACAUUGAUGCAAGCCGAUUGUGAUAUAUUUACUAAUAUUUAAUUGGUUCGUUCUGGCCAACAUUAAUACUAUAAAGAGUAAUG